GAAAAAUAAACGCGCUGUUCACACUCGCCAGGCUUGUGGGUUCACAAAAACAAACAUGAAGCUGAUCGUGCUGGCCGCCUUGUUCGCAGCUACAGCUGCCAAAUUCCAGUUCUCGAUUCCCCAAAAACAGAUCAGCACCCCGCUCUACACUAAUGCGCUGCUGCCCUGCACCUUCUCUGAGGCAAACAAUAAAAAUGACCAGAAGUUUGUAAUCAUCACUUGGGAGCACAAAGGUGAAUUGCUGGUGAAGUACGAGUCGGGAGAGCUGGUGAAACAAGCCAGCAGGGUGAAGCUGUCAAAAGGAGAGCUGAAAAAUGGAAAUGCCUCUCUGGCCCUCUUUAACGUCACUUUUAAAGAUGAAGGCAUCUAUGAAUGUAAAGUGCAUGAGGCUCCAUACAGCGAAACCGGACAGGUGCAACUUAACGUUACAGUCGCUCCUAAAGUCUCUGUGAAGCCGCCCUUUGUUGUGGUAAAUCAGCCAAAUGUGCUGGAGUGCCACGCAGAAGACUACUACCCUAACAUCAUCUCCAUCAAAUGGCGGAGGAACUCAACAUAUCUACCUGGCCAACAGGAUGUUAAGGGGCUGGCAAAUGAAAAUGGCACCUUUGCUGCAGUGAACCUACACAACUACACACCAAGUGAGGAAGACAUCGGUGUAAAUUUUUCAUGUGAAGUGAAGCACGAGGCUCUAGAUGGACAGUUGGUGGAGGUGUCACAGGAGAUCUGUAAGCCGAAUAUGACCUUUUCACAUACCACUCUGCAGAAAGGCAUAAAGGAAAAUGUCACCUGUAAGGUGGAAGGCUGUCACUUCAGCAACGUUAGUGUGAGCUGGAAGAAAAACGAAACGAUAAUAAGUACAAAAAACUGUGAGGCUGUGAGAGAGUGUGUGUGCGAAGCGUCCCUCAUGGUGAAUAGCACAGAGUCGGGAGAGGCGAACUUCUCAUGUGAGGCCAUGCAAGGGACUGACUUUGUGCGCACUCGAAAUAACACAUUUCAGCUUGAAGAUCCACCUCAGGGGCACUUGAUACUGCUGCUGCUACCCAUUUUAGUAGUGCUUGUGAUGUAUAAAGCAUGGCCUUUACCAAGACAGCUGGAAAACAUCAGGUGGAUGAGGAGAAAUACCACUGAGCCAAGCCAAAUAGAUGGAAAACACAACUUCACCAUGUCAGACAUCGAAGUUCCCUCUGAAAUCCGUGUGGGGCAAGAAGUCACCCUAAGCUGCCGUAUUACUGUAGAGCAACAGGAAAUUAAAGAGGUGACCUGGCAGACCAAAAAGAAAGGAGAAGAAUGGCAAGAAAUGGAAUCUGCCGAAGAAUAUGUGAAUCAGAGUGGCAUGCCCACUAUGACCAAAAAAGGUUUUGAUUCCACACAAGAUUAUGUGCCUUGUGUAUUAAGUGAGCAGAUGCUUAGCAGCGUAACAUUUGUGCCUGACAAGGAGGAGGAAGCAGUGAGUGUUCAAUGCCAAGUUACCCUUGCGUUGAUUCACUUGAGCAGAACCCUGUUUAAAAAGAAAUCGGCCGAAUUCAGUGUGCUGCCCAAGUGAAGUCUCCCGUAAUUCUGCACUGGGGCUUCAGGCACUUCUGAUGAUUUUCUGAUCCUUAUAAUGGUUUCUGCUUCCUCAGUUAAGCUUAUUAUGUAUUUUAAGGGGAGCUGGCCACCCUAUGACAUAAAGCAUAACAUUAUAGACAACUCACCAGCUCACUGUUAUGAUUUGCUACUUAUGGAGAGGGCAAGAAUUGAAAAACCCUGACCACAACAACACUUGAUAAUGAAAAAAAGUAUUUUAAUAAAUAAUGGGGAAAAAAACUGAAAAAAUAGAGAACACAAAAGCAGAAAUGAAAUCCAAAAUUCAAAAUACUAAGAAACAUUAAGAUGCAAAGCCCAAAUUAAAUAUUAUGAAAUUUUUUAUUUUAUUUAUUUAAAUAAAAAUCUCAAAUCUUUCCAAAUCCAAAAAACGAAACUACAAAACAGCCGAGGUCGUGAAAGAGAGCAGCACAAAGUUCAUGCUACCGCACUGUGGAAGUGACUCCAGGUGACAUGAACGCUGUCCUGAAAACAUCUUUAUUACAGUAUUUGCGUUCUCAAUUACUGUUAUUAUUUUGUUUAGUUUUGGCUGUUGAUUUUUUUCGUAGCAGAAUUUCAUGGUUGGCGUGAUGUUUUUUUUAUUUUUUUUUAACAAUCGCUAUGUCGAUUGCAGGUCAUGUGACAUAAUGAUUAUGAGAUGACACCUUAUGUGUGUGUGUCUUUUUGUUUAAUAUUCUUGUUAUUUUCUAUGUUGUAGCUAUUGACUUUUAUUUAUGAUUUAUGUAAUGGAGAAUAUUUUGUUUAUUAAUUAUUCUGUGUUUAUGUACGGUGUUAGUUUUCUUCUGCCUAGUCCUUUACAAUAUUUUCCCUAUUGUCUUUAUGCUGCGCUAAAGAAGGUGGUGCCCCCCCAAUGAUGCUGCAGCCAGGUGACUACCACCAUGACUUCAUAAGCUUGAAAACAGAGCAGUGCUUCACUUUGACAAUGAAGUUUGUUCCCAUCCUUUUCAAUUAUGCUUUGUUUCUUUUUAGGAUUGUCUGGUUUUAAUCCCCUGCUCUCUUAAGGUACGAUUUCUGGCUUUUUGUUUAUAGGAUUUAUUUGCUUUUAUUUUUGCUACUUUCAUUUGUUAAAGGAACUUUGUUUUACUUUGGGGCCAGAGGCUUUUCAGUUUUCCCCUCCUUGCAUUUGAUAUUUGUGACCUGUAAAGUGUUUGUUUGCCUUUCAAGUUUAGGACUUGGCUAUCUAGGGUGACAUUUUUGGUACAGAACAGCGGUUAUUGCAGAGCUGGUUUUUCUGCCAUCUUUUGGGACUUACAUCUGUUUUGAAACUUUGCGGAGGAUCGUGACACUACCUAUGAAAUCCUCACAGGUGGCGCAGUGGUAGUGCUGCUGCUUUGCAGUAAGGAGAUUGUGGGUUUGCUUCCUGGGUCCUAACUGUGUGGAGAGUGUUUUAAGUAGUGAGAAAAGCGCUAUAUAAAUGUAAAGAAUUAUUAUUACUAUGAAAAGCUGACAGUGUACUCUCUAAAAUAAAAUCCACAAAACAAUUCUUCACCAUUCUGGCAUAGUUAUGGUGGGGGUAUUUAAGUGGCAGUUAGUGCUUUUGGCUCAUUUGGUAUUUGGCUUUGAUUUCUGUCUAGUGAUUCUGGUUUGACGAAUAAUUCUUGUUCUUUCUGACACUGACCAUCAAUACAUCUUUCCUGACUAUUCUUCGCUCUUCAUUUUUGGAUUGAUUUUAAGCUCCUAUUCUCUAUUCCAUUUUCAUUUUGUUGGCUACGAAUCUCUUUAGUCACAAUUAUUGAAAUAGCCCACAGGUACCGCCAUAAAGCCUAAAGAUGGCAUCUGAGGGCAGCUAACCAAUGAAGGGUCUCACCUCACACCUAAACAAACAAAAAUGACACAAUUAAUUAUAAGCACACCAGAAUUGACAAAACAGAAACUAGAAUCUGAAAAAGCACAAUUACGGAAUAAUUAGCAAUAUACAAAACAUAACAGGAAAAAAGCUGAGAAAAUAAAACAGAAAAAAGUGCAAACCUUCGGGGUGAGACUCUGCACAGAAUGUGACAUUUACCAGUUAAACAUCUGAAGUUCUCUUUCUUCUAUUAGGUUACUUGGCUCUCACCGUGGUGAAUAGUUUUCUAUCCAUUUACCAAACCCACUAUAUCCUGAGUAAGGUUGCAAGGAAGCUGGAGCCUAUCCCAGUAAGAGUAGGGCACUAGGCAGGAACAGAUUUGUUAUAUUUUGUAAUAUUUGAAUGAUUCUUAUACAAGAAACAGAUGCUGCUUCUCAGGACAUUUAUCCAGUUACUGCAGCAGUGUGACAAGUACUGCGUAUUAUUCAGGACCUAUUAAAUUAAGGAGUAUGAGUUGUGAUUAGUAUUUUAGUGAACCUUACCUAUGUCUCAUUGGUGUAAUAGGUAAAUGGUAAUGUCGUAACAUAACAAAUCGAACAUUUCUUUGUAGUCUGAGUAAUUUCUAAGGCUGUUAAAAUUAUUUUUGUUGUCUUUCUGAUACUAGUUUGUAUUUCACGGACACUUUGUGUCAUUUUGUGGAUUCGUUGCUAUGAUGCGAUGGCCUGCUGUUAAAUGGCGUGGCCUCGGAAGUCGUGACCUGUGACUCACAAGUUCACCGUUAUAAAGGUCAUCCAAAAUUGCAGGUAAACCCUGAGAUUUAUUGACUGCCUGUCUUUAUUUGACUUUUAGUGUACUGGUUUUGGUUUUCGAUUGUUGACUAUGAUUUUUGGUUUCUGUUUUCGAUUUAGGUGAUAGAUACAGUAGGAUGGAUCUCAGAAGUAUGUUUUGACUUCUUGUUCCAUAUAUUCCCACCUGCCACCUAGUAUUUUCUAGGCAGGGCAGUAUUGACUUCUCUUUACCUGAAGUGUAAGCGUGGAUGUAGGGGUCUACUUGACCUUUGUGGGAUCUCGCUUUCAAUUUUACAUCAACAAACACAAGCAAAACUAUUGAGGGUAAUUUUUACUGCCUGGUGUAGGGAAGUAAUUCAUUAAUCUAUGGAGGGCAGCACGGUCAGAUGGUCUCAAAGUUCAAGGGUGACACAGAAACUUUAAAGAGAUUUUAAAUGUUUGGAGUUGUGAGUUUAGGGAUGAGAAGUUAUCAUUGCUGCAAAGUGCAACCAACAAAAAUUGAGAAAGAUGGAUAGACAGAGAGAAAGCUGCUUAGAUCAAACUUCUAGUUUGCUCCAGAAGUCACACCUUUUCCUGUUUGAUGGAGUGGAACAUCUCUACCCACUAGACCUACUUCAUUCAUUCCAGGGUUACAGGAGGCCUGAGCUUAUUGCAGCAGCUUUGGGUACAAGACAGUAACCCACCCAUGUCUAUCACAGGGUACACACCUCUACAAUCACUCACACCAGGCUAGUUUUUGAAUUUGACCUUGAUAUGAUGUGAACGAAUGUAAUUGUAGACUCUAGGAGCUGUGGCACCCUGAAAUUAAUAUGAAUUUUUAAUUGGAACUCACUGUUUCUCUGGUUUGGCCUACUGUUCAUAAGUUUAUGUAUGGAAUUGUUAAUCACGUAACUGGAGAUGGUGCUAUGUGCAGAAAAUAACAGUCGGUUAAUUGAUUAAUUAUUGAUAGGAUUUUACACGUGUGACUUUGUCUGUUUCUCUGCAAAUUCCACCGACCUGUGUAUGUCUUAACACAAACUGCAGUUUAUUUAGAAAUUCAAUUUUUGCAGGUACAAUAUAUAAGUAAAGUAGAUAAUAAAGGAGGAUCACAUUCUCACUAAACAACUGAGAGAUUAUUGAACAGUUUAAUGUCCACAGGGUCUUAUCAUUCCAUGAAUUUCCAUUUAACUGUUCAGUUUGUGAGUAUCAUAUGAGAUAAAUUGGUGUCCAGAGGUCAAGGUUGCAAUGGUGUACCAGCAGGGAUAGGUGCUGGUUCCUUAUCAGGACAGGACACCUGUUCAGAAGAACAGAAUGUGUGUGCAGACAUUCUGUUUACACGUGGUGGUAUCUACCCACUGGGGGAACUACCAUAUGAUUACUCGCAAGCCAGAUUUAGAAUUGUAGUCACGUGGGAGAGCCCUGUCAGGGUUCCUGAGUGACUCCAGGGGGAACUUCUGGGGAGCCUUACCCUCUUUUUUAAGGGACAUCUGUAUGACUCAGAAGUGCAUCCAAGGUUCCACUUUGUGGCACUGGAAGUACUCCUGGGUCCAUAAUUACAGUGAGCAUCUUCUCCUAUAAGGUACUAAGAGUCGGGAUGAGGUAGAUGAGGCUUUGUGCGAGUCGAGGGAGGAGGAACUGCAGAGCCUGUUAUUGUAUUUUAUUACCUGGGAAGAGGAUUCGGAAGUUUGUUGAGGUAUUGUGUGCAAUAAAACAACUUGUAUUUGAACCUUAGGGUUCAGUUACACCCUCUGGUGGUACCAUCUGAAUAUUAAUAUCAGUAUUUACACACUUUCAAGCAGUUAUUCAGCUGACUUUUAUGAAUUGCCCAAGUCUGACUGGACAGCUUUUUCUUUUGGAUGUUUUCCAUUAUAAAAAACGACUCGGACAAACAUGAGGUCCUUUUUUACACAUCGGGUGCACAUUUCAGAAACAUCAGCAUCCACACAACUCUAUUAUGCAGCCAUUCUUACCUCUGUCAUGACCUGAUUUAAAUGUGAUUCAGAGGGACUUGUUUACAAAGCCUACUGAGUGUGAACGUAUAUUAGAAAUAAUAAAUUAUAGUUUUUGAUUUUAGUAAACAUUUAGCUGAGCCAUUUGUUUCACUUUUUUUACACUAAACUUGAAACAUGCCUGGGUUUACUGUCCGCUAAAUGUCACAGGGCCUAUUUCUUCACACGUUUAAACAUGAUUUCUUCAUUUUAUGUGUUGAUAAUGGUCACGUUUGACAAAAUCAAUAGGAGGAGAUCAAAAGUAUUCAGUAAAAGGUUUACAAACGCUUCCAGUUGAAUGCAUGUUUUGUGACAUUAAUGUUAUGUGUCUCAUCUUUGUGUUCAUUCAGUUGUGAUAUCCUUCUGAAAUAUCAUUAUUGAAGUAAAGGUACCCUAUGUUUACAUCAAUCCAAUGCAGGUACUGUAAUAACGUAGAAUUGUUGUCUCUCUGCGUAAUCCCAUUUUGUUUAACUCCACCUGCUGGAAAGAUGGCUUGAAAUUAAACUCCAGUGAGGAGCUGGACUCUGAACCACAAUCUUGCCAGUUGAUUGACGUCCUCUGACUGUUUGUGUUAAAUACAAAUGCUCCAUCUGUAAUGAAAAAAAAAAUUGUGUAAACAGAUAUAUACUUUAUCUGAAAAUGUAAAGAACCUUGUUAUGGUGUUCACCAUUAGAAAGGUGUUAUAUGAAAU